AUGGUUAUCAACUUGACACGUCAUGCAUCUCACCAAUUUCAGCAAUUUCUGAGAGUCACGAAAACUGUUUUAGAAAUCAAUCAAUCCGAUAUGAAAAUGCAUGGAAACAAAUACAAGUUACUACUAAUCGGAUUAAGAAUAUAUUUCCUUUGGGAUUCGGAAGUCCACAGUUUAGAGCUUCUGCCACCUGUCCUAUUGGAUGUCACUAUCAUUUUGGCGAUCAGGAUUCAGUCCGAAGCGCUGAGCCAAGAAUUAACUAAAAUCUCGGCCAAUACUUUAUCAAUUGUCUUUAUUGCCGCCCGUCAUUCUCAUCAUAUAUUAAAGACUAUUGGCUAA